ACAUUAAUACCCAGAUUUUAAUGUUUAUUAUUCAUGCUUGUGUUCACCUUCAGUGGGAUUCAUGGUUGUUCAAAAAAUAAUUUAUCAGUCCAUAUGUAAUAACUUUUAGCAUAAAAACAAACAACAAAAUACAUCAUUUGUGCCCCGUUUUCACUUCUUUGGAAGUCAUAAUACUUCUGAUACUAAACCCAUAUUAUUAUUAUGUGUUAUCGUUUAUGAUCUUAACAUUUUGUCAUCCCGCGCUCCUCUAACGCCGUCGCCUGAAAAUGUGUGCCCAUGUUUGUGUUCUUAUCAGCUGGAUGAGCGAGUUUGAUUGAAGCAUUUGUCAUGUAAAUGCGAGCCGUUUGAUGGACGAGCCCGCAGACUUGACAGAGUGCUGUAGGUCCUUUGCCAUUGGCGUUUGUCGGGUCACAUGGUGUGUCAGGAAGGUGAUAUGAGGGUGGAAGGCAGUUUUACAGCUUUGACAUACUACCUAGAAGGUCAGGGCAAAGGGAGCACCGAUUAAUGACUGCUCUGUCUUGAUCAAGCUCUGAACAAACAAUAGGCCCGGGUCCAGGAUGAAUUCCUACUUAGACUACCCCGUGUGCAACCGGGGAGCAAAUAUCUUCAGUCCCAAGGCCGGAUACCACAAUCUGAACCAUGGAUACAUGUCGAGCAACUCGUGCGCAACAAGUGAUAGUUACGCACCGGACGGGCGCUUAGUUGCAGCAACGUCUGCGCCACACCAGAGCCCGAGCCUCCCUCUGCACCACCAGACACACGUCAACCUCGACCUGCAAUUUGCAACAGCGGGUAACUCCAUGUAUGGGUCGCCUCUGGAGUACGGACAUCACCAGUACGGCCUCGCACCCGAACAGGACCGGAGCUACAUUCACGCACAAGUUUCACCGCUGGGAACAAACAUGGCUCCCUACACCGGGGACAGCUGUGGGCCUGCAGUUGCCACCGGCAGUCAAUAUCUACAUUUUGGCAACGGAGACCAGAGGCUGCAAGAAUAUUCAGACAGUGUUUACGCCAGGUUACCGCCCCAAAGUAAGAGGGAGGAUUUGGACCACGUGGAGGAAACGUCUAAAACAUUCGACUGGAUGAAAGUGAAGAGGAACCCCCCGAAAACAGCUGUCCUGUCGGAGUUCGGGGUUCCCGGCCAGCACAACGUGAUCCGAACCAACUUCACCACCAAGCAGCUGACCGAGCUGGAGAAAGAGUUCCACUUCAACAAGUACCUGACGCGGGCACGGAGGGUGGAGGUCGCAGCCAGUCUGGAGCUCAACGAGACGCAGGUGAAAAUCUGGUUUCAGAACCGCAGGAUGAAGCAGAAGAAACGCGAGAAACUGGGCUGCGUUUUGGUCAACAGUGCGGGCCCCGUGGAAAAACUCGCCGGCCCUGACACCCCUCCAAAGGCGAAGGGGAAGGACUGUGAACCAUAACGAAAGAACAAAUAUGACUGUGGAGGCUUGCGCAGUCCUCACUUCUUCCCCUCAGUCGCACCAUUCCAGAAAAACUGUGAAAAAUGCACGCAGACUUGUGCAGUGCAUACAGAGCUUGAGCUGACGGUGCGUUCAUUUCUGCAUCGGAUGCCGAGAAACUUGUAAAAAUGUUAAAAGUUAUUUUUUCAUCCGUUCUUUGUUUGAAAGCUGCCUGUCAUAAGCCCGUGCUAUGUUUUCUGUUGCACUGAAGUUCUCAGUGUCAGUGUUUGCACUAUUUAUUUACAGGGUAUUUUCCAACAAUUGUUGUGAUGAUUUAGCUUGAUAAAGUCUAUAAAAUGGAGACAAAAAGUUUUGUGUUUGCUGUUAAUUGCAAAAAGAAAACAUUUAGGUUGUAACAAGGCUGAUAAUCCCUUUUAAGUUCAAUCAAAUUUUUACUUUCAUACAAAAUUUGCUCCCUUUGAAAUCAUUUCCUUCUAUUUCUUUAAAAAAAUAUAUGUAUAUAAUAAAUUGUUCUA